AUGGCGGACCCACCUGCGGGAGGACCCGAGACACCACCCACGAACACUCAGGAGACGACCGUUUUUUCAGUCGAGGAUUUCCAGCCCAGGGUGAACAAUAUCCCAACGCGCGUCACAAGAAAGAGAGGAAGACACAAUGAAAGCUACGCAUCGGAGGAAGCUACCGGCCGGAUCACCACCCGGGAAGUAUGGAAAUUGAUCGACGAGCUGAAAGACAUCAUCCACCAUCAAACAGCGACCAUCGCAACCACCCAACAUGAACUCCAGGAGAUCAAGCACAACCAGAAUGUCCUCCAGGAACAGAACGAAAUGCUCCAAGACGAGUUGAAAGCAUUGCGGAUGCAAAUCAAGACCACCCCGCCGGCCACAACGACCAAGACUUGGGCCACCAUCGCGGCUGAAGGGGGCAACGGCACCUCCCUGCUGAACCACCAACAACCGGAGAAAAACCAAGAUUGCAUUCGAAUCAACACCCAGAGAACCCUCACCGACCCGAGAGAUAGCACUAACGAUGAUGAAAAUACCUUCGGACGGUAUCUCCCCAUCGAGACCGCCAACAAUCACAUCCGCACUGCAUUGCAGAGCGACGCCGCGACGCAAGACGCCCAAGUAGCCGGUAUCGGCACCACCAAAACCGGGUACAUCAUUCGAUUCAAAGACACGGAGUCUGCCGAGAAGGCCCGCAACAACACCGACUGGUUACAAAAGUUGGGCAACAACACGAAGCUGGUUAAACCGCGAUUUGGGAUUGUUGUACACCGCACCCCCACCGAGGAAUUUGAUUUGGAAUCAGGCGCCACCCAGGCAUCGCAGAAGAUCAUGGAGGACAACAACCUAAUAGACCGCGGUUUCCAAAUUGAGGAACUGGCCUGGAUGAAAGCGAGAGAGAAAACCUUGGGGAAGUUCGCGUCACUGGGGAUCUGGUUCGACUCCCCAGAAGGAGCGGAACAUAUGCUCCAAAAGGGGUUUCUUGUCAGCGGGCAGCUCAUCACCCGCGUGGAAAGACGCGAAAUCAAGAAAAAAAGAUGCUUCCGAUGUCAGCGUUUCGGUCACUUAGCAUGGUCAUGCAAGGAAACACCGCGAUGUGGGCACUGUGCAGGCCAACAUGAACGAGAACGUUGCCCACCAGGAAUGCUAGAGAGAAAUCUCCGCGUCCUACAGCUGAACAUGAUGAAAUCGGGUCCGAGAAUGGAAGCGCUGAUCAAUGACCCUCAGAGCCAAGAUCUCGACAUUCUGUUGAUCCAGGAGCCAUCGAUCACUACCUACCGCACACAUGUCAACCACAGCGCCUGGAGGCUAUACCGACCCACCACGCAGACCGAUGCAGUUCGCUUUCGCAGCCUUCUUUAUGUUAACCGAACGAUCUCUACAUCCUCUCACCGUCAGAUUCCUUGCGACCACCCAGAUGUGGUAGCCGUCAAGAUCUGGACAGCCGACUCCCAGAUCCUUGUCUUUUCAGUCUAUAUUCCCCCAGUCCCCCUUUACACGAGUGACGACGCCUCGGCAAUACCAGCCCUUACAGCUAUACAAAACACUAUCACAACGAGCAUGCAAAAUCAACACCGGGGCACGAGCCUCAUUGUCGCCGGCGAUCUCAACCGACACCAUCCCAUGUGGGGUGGCAACCACAUCCUACCCAACUUCAUCGAAGAUGCCAGUGACCUAAUAGACUUUUUCCAAACUCACAACCUCCACAGCUGCCUCCCUCGAGGAACUGCAACUUACUGGGCCCUGAACAACCCUGGUCAAAACUCCACCAUCGAUCAAACCACAACGGAUAGACCGGAUCUGCUAAUCAAAUGCCACCUAUAUCACGAGAACUACGGGUCCGAUCAUCGCGCGACCUACUCGGAAUGGAAUCUACGGCCUCCGAGUGCGCAAAGUACCAAAACCAGAAAAGCAUACAAGCGUGCGGAUUGGGCCAAAAUUGGUGCAGCAGUAGUCAGUGAGAUGGGCCCUUGGACGGAAAUCAAGACCCGACCAGCACUCGACCGAGUGGUGGAGAAGCUCACAGCAACCACGACUCAAGCGGUCAACCAAUUCACCCCCGACACGCGCCCAACACCAUAUUCCAAACGAUGGUUCACCCCGGAUCUCAAGGUUCAACAAGUCGAAGUAAACCAACUGCGCAGAAGGUGGCAGGCGAGUUGUGCGCGGCUCGGACGAGACCACGCGAACACCACGGCAGCCUUCCAGCUGAUGCAACAAAAACGCCGAGCGUGGACCCGAACGAUCGAGCAAGCUAAAGCCUCACACUGGAAGCAAUUUUUGGACGAAGCUGGGGAAGGCAAGCUCUGGAAAGCCGCCACCUACAUGAAACCCAGAGAGUCGUGGGGAUGCAUACCGGCGCUACGAGUUGGUUCGGAGGAAUUGACUCAGAAUGAAGACAAAGCAAAGGCUUUCUUAGACACAUUCUUCCCCACCAUGAACAACCCUGAUCCUAGCCAACCAAAUUCGCCGAGACCAGAGCUGCCGUGGCACCCGCUAACGGAACUGGAGAUUGAGCGAUCACUGAAGACAGCGAAAGGAGCCACUACACCAGGAGAGGACGACCUACCAAUGCUCGUCUGGAAACGACUGUGGUCAUAUCUGAAAAGCACUAUCACCAGCAUUUUCAAAGCCUGCGUAGCGCUCGGAUACCACCCGGAACAAUGGCGCAACGCGAAGAUUAUUGUGCUAAGGAAACCAGGUAAACCAGAUUAUUCAGUACCCGGCGCCUAUCGCCCGAUAUCACUACUGAACACGCUCGGCAAACUUCUGGAAGCGGUGAUAGCCAGACGACUGUCCCAUCUCGCCGAGCAACACGGCUUACUGCCGAACAGUCAGUUUGGUGGACGACCGGGCAGAACCACCGAGCAAGCCUUGCUGAUACUGUCCGGCGCGAUUGACAAAGCCUGGUACAAACAUAAGGUGGUGACAUUAAUCGCAUUCGAUCUUAAAGGAGCGUUCAACGGAGUGAACUGGAUCAGUUUAGACACCUCCUUACAGGCGAAGGGGAUACCGACGCUAGCAAGAAAAUGGAUAGCGAGCUUCAUGAGUAACCGGUUCGCCAACAUUGGAUUUGAUGAUUUCCGAACCGAGACCGGAUCGCUGGCGCAUGCGGGUCUCGCGCAAGGAUCGCCACUCUCCCCCAUCUUGUUUGCGUUUUUCAACGCCGACCUGGUCGACCAGCCCGUGGACUCCCACGGAGGCGCAUCGGCAUUCAUUGACGACUACUUCCGGUGGCGAGUGGGUACCUCGACCGAGGAGAACCUAGCCAAGAUACAGACCGAGGAUGUCCCUCGUAUUGAAGAAUGGGCGCGACGAACCGGAUCCUGCUUCGCAGCGGAGAAGACCGAGCUCAUCCACAUCACCAGGAAGAGAAGGGUGCAGCUGGAGGGACAGAUCGCGUUUGAUGGAACCCAAGUCAAACCAUCGCCCACAGCAAAACUGCUAGGAGUCGUCUUCGACCAAGGACUCCGGUGGAAGGAACACGUUCAGCAAGCCAUCAAGCGUGCCACAAAGACAGCCAUUGCCCUCAAUGGACUUCGCCACCUACGCCCGGAGCAAAUGCGACAGCUGUACCAAGCCUGCGUCACGCCCAUCGUAGACUACGCCUCGACAGUCUGGCACGACCCGCUUCGAGACAAAGUCCAUCUCCGCCAUUUGAAUACAGUCCAGAGAAGCGUCCUGAUCCGGAUCCUGUCAGCGUUCAGGACAGUAGCCACGGUUACACUGGAGGUCGAAUCACACUUACUUCCCACACAUCUUCGUCUUCGCCACCGAGCACAGCGCACCAUUGCGAGGCUACACACGCUACCCCGGGAUCAUCCCAUUUGGAAUGCAUUAUCCCGCGCCCGAAACCGCAGAAACAACGUGGGAUCGUACGCACGCUUCCCUCUGGCGGAAGCGAUGAAGACCAUGGACAUAGACCGACUCAGUGAACUGGAAACGAUAGACCCGCGGCCAUUGCCACCAUGGCGAACGGACCCAUUUACGGAGAUUGUGCUUGAACCUGACCGAGAAAGGGCGAGAGAAAUGGCAGAGACAGCAAGAGAGAGCUCCGACCUCGUGGUCUACUCGGACGCAUCGGGACGAGAUGGCCACCUGGGCGCUGCUGUCGUUGCACUAGACGAGAACGAAGAGGUGAUGGAAUCUCAACAGGUCCAAGUGGGCCCGAUGGAGCGGUGGUCGGUUCACGUCGCAGAGCUCAUCGGUAUCUUUCACGCGGUCGACAUGGUUUUCAGGCUAGCGCAUCGAAAUCCAAAUGCCGAAGAUGAAACACCAACAACAGCAACUGUCUUGUGUGACAGCAGAUCAGCCAUACAAGCCGUCCAGAACGUCAAAAACAAGUCGGGACAAAGGAUCGUACACGCAAUCAAUCAGAUGGCCACCGAGGUGGCUACUGCGAACAUCAGGCUCCGCCUCCAGUGGAUGCCUGGACAUUGUGAGAACAUAGGGAACGACGCAGCGGAUAAACUGGCAAAGGAGGCCGCGCAGCCGGGGAAGUCGCACCCCUUCCGGCCGCUACUCUCCAGGGAGUACGCCUACAAUUGCAGCAAGAUAUUUGCCCAAUGGAGUCAAGAGUGGAAGUCAAGCACGAAAGGGGCACAUCUACGGAAAAUUGACAGCGACCUACCAGCGCAGUACACGAGAAAACUUUACGGCAAUUUACCCCGAAGUCGCGCGUAUCUGCUGACACAGCUGCGCACGGGCCAUAACUGGCUGUCCAGCUACCGAAAGAAGAUUGGCUACAAUGAUGACGACCGGUGCGCAUGCGGCGCGCAGGAGACGGUCGCUCAUGUAUUGAUGGACUGCCCAAAGCUACGAGAGCUACGGUCGGAACUGAAAAGAAAAGUUGGGGACGCGUUUGACAACGUGUCGAGUCUGCUGGGAGGCUCCAAAGAAGGUGAGAAAGGUAAACCAGACAUCGUCUCAAGGGCGAAGACGGUCCAGGCCGUAUUGGACUUCGCCGAGGCGUCGCAGCGGUUUCGCAGUCGUGCGCCAUGA